GGUGAGGAUGAUGAUGAUGAUGAUGGUGGCCCAGGGGCUCUUCCUCCCCCUCCUCCUGCUGAUGAGGAUGAUGAUGGUGGCGGUCGCCGGCGGAGCCUUCAUCCCUCCGCUGCUGCUGCUGCUGCUGCUGAUGAUGAUGAUGGUGAUGGUGGUGAUGGUGAUGAAGGCUCUGCUCUUCCUCCCCGCCCCCCUCCUCGUGCUCUCGGGGGGGGCUGCGGCCUUCCUCCCCCGGCCGAGGAUGAGGAGGGUGAUGAAGGUCAGGCUGCUGCUCUUCCUCCCCCGGCCGAGGAUGAUGAGGAUGAAGGUCAGGCUGCUGCUCUUCCUCCCCCGGCCGAGGAUGAUGAGGAUGAGGAUGAAGGUGAUGAAGGUCGGGCUGCGGCUCUUCCUCCCGAGGAUGAUGAGGAUGAUGAUGAUGAUGAUGAUGAUGAUGAAGGUCAGGCUGCUGCUCUUCCUCCCCCGGCCGAGGAUGAUGAGGAUGAGGAUGAUGAUGAUGAAGGUCGGGCUGCGGCUCUUCCUCCCGAGGAUGAUGAGGAUGAGGAUGAUGAUGAUGAUGGAGGUGAUGAAGGCUCAGGCUGCUGCUCUUCCUCCCCCGGCCGAGGAUGAUGAGGAUGAGGAUGAUGAUGAUGAAGGUCAGGCUGUGUCUCUUCCUCCCGAGGAUGAUGAGGAUGAUGAGGAUGAGGAGGGUGAUGAAGGUCGGGCUGUGUCUCUUCCUCCCCCGGCCGAGGAUGAUGAGGGUGAUGAAGGUGAUGAAGGUCGGGCUGCUGCUCUUCCUCCCGAGGAUGAUGAGGGUGAUGAUGAUGAGGAUGAUGAUGAUGAAGGUCAGGCUGCGGCUCUUCCUCCCGAGGAUGAUGAGGAUGAGGAUGAGGAGGGUGAUGAAGGUCAGGCUGUGUCUCCUCCUCCCGAGGAUGAUGAGGGUGAUGAGGAUGAUGAUGGAGGUGAUGAAGGCUCUCCCGGGGGUCCCCCUGAGACCCCCCCGGGUCCCCCCGGAGCAGCAGCAGAGCCACGAGGAGCCAGGGCCGGAGCAUGAGUGACCCUGAGUGACCAGUGAGUGACCACUGAGUGACCACUCACCUGAGUGACCACUCACCGGAGUGACCACUCACCGGAGUGACCCUCAGUGACCACUGAGUGACCCUGA